CAAGUACUAUAUCAUGGGGAAGGCUAUAUCAGUCAGUAUGGUUCAUGGGGGGCCAUCACCGGGAUUCUUUUCUCCCACUUUAUUUGAUUGCAUUGUGAAAGAUAACGUCUCACCCACCAUCGAUGAUGUGCACGACCUUGACUUGCGAGCUAAAAUCAUACAGGUAUCAGAGGCCAAGUCCAUGGAGGAGUUGUGUUCAGUUGUGUCCAGUCACAGUGACUACCUGUCUAAUGCAGGCUGCCUACGAGCUGUAAAAUGUCUGGAGGACAAAGACCUGCUUUUGCAGGACAUCCUCCAGUUCCAAGUCGUAAACCGACUCCAUGGUCCACUCGAACGGUUCAAGGAAGGCCUGAGGACAUUAGGAUUGUUGGAGGAGGUUGUCAAACAGCCAGAAGCCUUUCGUCCUCUCUUCUGCAGCCCACCACAGACCCUUAGCGCAGAUGGUCUCGAUCACCUGUUUGUCAUCUGUUUUUCCAGUGCAGGAAGUAACAGACGAGUACAGGAAAACAUUGCUGUGGGCUUUUGGAGAGACUACCUUCUAGAUGCAGAGGGCAAGUAA